AUUUAAUUGGGUUCAUAACGCAAUUUAUUUUUGCUGUUUGCAGUUGUCGCCGGUCUCAAUCCCUGUCGUCAUCGCCGGAAUUUACAGUCCCCGACGUUGGAGCCCUCCUCGCCGGCAGGAAUAACUGAGAUGGGUAUGUUGAUUAACCUUAGCAUUGCGCUAUGCCGUUGCUGCGAAUGCUAACUUGCACCGAGCUGAAAAUGUCACUCAAAACCUAGACAUUACCCCCAAUCCCUCUCCACCCCCCAACCCUCCUCUCUCUAUCGUGCUUUCGGAGGUCAAACAUAUACUACCCCUCGCUGUUUCAGCUUUCUUAGCGACCAAACGGAGAAUUAUGCCUUCUUGUUUCUCAUUAGUUGAAAGAUGUAUUUGUGGGCAUGCUGAUGAAUUGGUCCAGCGACUUGCAAAGAUUGAAAUUCUCAUUAAAUGAUCUGAGAGAUUAUUUGUUCUGAGUUUUUCUUUUCGUCUUUUACUGAAGUCUAGUAGCUUCAAAGAUGGCUUUGGUUGAUGUGAGCAAAUCUUGCCUUGAUUCCAUUCACCAGAUAUCAGAGCACAUUGAAGGUGCCACUCUUUACCUUGAUGCUGGUUCUACAGAAAGUUUCCAACUUAUUGGGGCAUUUCCUGUGUUGCUCGACCUUGGAGUUUGUGCUGUUUGUAGUUUGGAGAACCUGUGUUCUCUUGAUGUGGUGGUUGAUUGGAACUUGAAGUCUGAUAAUGUGAGCAAAAUAGCGGUCAUCACAUCCCGUCUACUAAGUGAUGCGCAUCGGUACAUUUUACGUUGCCUAACUAGUCAUGAAGGUGUUCACCGUUGUACUAUAUUUACACCUAUCUCAGAGAUGGCUCACUCUUCAUAUCCUGAUUCGCCCCUGGGACCAGAUGCAUAUCAUGAAUACGAAUCCUUGCUUGUCCAAGAUUAUGAGGAACUUGUUAAGAAAUCCAAGACAAAGUCUACACUGCCUAAAGAUAACAACUUAAGGGAAAUUUCAACCUUUCAAGAUGAAGGAUGGUCGCAACAAACCUCCAGUGAAGGGGACAUUCCUCACCUUGAAUCUAGUUUAACUGGAAGUGAUAUAUACGAUAAAAUAGGUCACCCCGAAGAUAUAGGGCAAAAAUUGGUUGUUUCUGUGCAUCACUUCCCCAUGAUCUUGUGUCCUUUUUCACCAAGGGUUUUUGUUUUUCCUUCCAAAGGAUCAAUUGCUGAAGCGUACUUGUCAGCUGAACACAAGGAUUCCCUUAGUCCAGGAUUGCCUCCCUUAAGUACUGGAUUGCUUUCUGAUGGUGAUGAUGUUCCUCCUGGGGCAACUCUUACAGCACAUUUUCUUUAUCAUCUGGCUGCCAAGAUGGACUUGAAGAUGGAAAUAUUUUCCCUUGGUGAUCUGUCCAGAACUGUCGGGAAGAUAUUGAUGGACAUGUCAAGUCUUUAUGAUGUUGGCCGCCGUAGACGAUCAGCGGGGCUGUUAAUAGUUGACCGCACACUUGAUCUUCUAACCCCUUGCUGCCAUGGGGACUCACUGGUUGACCGCAUGUUUUCAUCUUUGCCCCGUAGGGAAAGAACAACAUCCUCUAAUCAAGUGAAAGGCUCGCAAACCCAACUCAAGCAUGGUCCUUCUAAUCUGCAGCGUGCUCCUCUUGAUGUUCAGAUACCACUUCAAGAGAUUUUAAGAGAAGAAGAUUGCAUGACAGAUAAUCUUCGGCUUUUGGAAAGCAUUGAAGCUUUUCUAUGCACAUGGGAUUCUAGUAACUCUGCCUCUCAAAUUGUAGAUUUAACUAAUCUAAGCAAAAAAGUUAACAAUAAAGGGUCCCUUAACUCUGAAGUUGAGCUAUUUAGUGGAUCCUUUGUCUCCACCGAAAAUUUCCGUGGAACACCAUAUUUGCAAGCUAUACUAGAUAGAAGAACCAAGGAUGGGGCCAUACUUGUAAAGAAAUGGCUCCAAGAAACAGUUCGUCGGGAAAAUAUAAAUGUGAAUAUGAAAAGUCAUCCUGGCUUUGCAGUAUCAGAGUUGCAACCUAUGAUUAAAGCACUAGCUAGAAGCCAACCAUCUUUGCUGAGGAAUAAAGGAAUUAUUCAGUUAGCGGCAGCUGCAUUAGUUGCCCUUGAUGAAUCACAUUGUGUCAGAUGGGAUGCAUUUAUCACUGCUGAAAACAUAUUGAGUGCAAGUGCUGGAGACACAACCCAGAGUCUCGCAGCUCAAAUUGGAGAUAUUGUCAAUAAGAGUGCUUUGGUUGGAUCACAUCAACAGAAGGAUGGAAAAACGAAGGCAUCACAAGGGGUACUUUCUUUUCAGGAUGCUUUGCUUCUUAUUGUUACUGGUUAUAUAUUAGCUGGUGAAAAUUUCCCCACCUCUGGGUUGGACGGGCCUUUUUCUUGGCAAGAGGAGCAUCUACUGAAAGAGGCUAUCGUGGAUGCUAUUCUUGAAAACCCAUCAAUAGCAAAACUAAAGUUUCUCCAUGGUCUAGCAGAAGACCUUGAAGCCAACCUGAGCAGGAUGAGAUUUGAGGAAACCAGACAAGUCUCUUCAAAUCAAUUACAAAUUGAUGAUUUUGAUGAUGAUCAAUGGGGUAGCUGGGGUGAUGAAGAAACUGAUAACAAUAAUGACAAAGAGCAAGUGUACGGUGAUAUGCAGCUGAAGUUGGAGUUGCAUGAUAGGGUAGAUAACCUUUUCAGGUUCCUUCACAAGUUAUCGAGCUUGAAGACAAGGAACUUACCAUUGAGAGAUGGGGCAUUUACUUCAGAAAGUAGUUUCAUUGGAGAUCCCUAUACAAAUAAAGGAUUACUUUAUAAGCUUCUAACCAGGGCUUUGGGCAAGUAUGAUGUACCUGGGUUGGAAUACCAUUCCUCUACUGUCGGGCGACUUUUCAAAAGUGGUUUUGGAAGAUUUGGCCUUGGGCAGGCAAAACCUAGUCUUGCUGACCAAAGCAUCAUUCUUGUUUUUGUUAUCGGAGGCAUCAAUGGUCUCGAGGUACGCGAAGUUCAGGAGGCUUUAUCUGAAGCUGGAAGACCUGACAUCGAAUUGAUUAUUUGCGGAACUACUUAUCUAUCUCCCGAUGACAUGCUUGAUUUGCUAUUGGGGGACUCGAGUUACUUUUGAUUCCUUAAGUCUGUAAAAGAUAGAGAAAGAUGAAUAGAAUGAAUCUUAAAUGUUGGUUGCUAACAGUUCAUGUGCUGUUUGUCGAAGUUUCCAGCCAUUUAAAUCUAUAUAUAUAUAUAUAAUUCCUAUUGAAA